GCGUUGUCCACAAGCCCGAGAAUACGCGCUCUCUCUCUCUCUCUCUCUCUCUCAGAAAACGUGGACGUUUGGUGACGUACGUCCAUCACCUCCACCUCCACCUCCACCUCCACCUCCUCGUCCUUACCGAACACUACAACAGUUGUCACACACAAAACACACAAGGGGAAGACAACAAACCCACGUAAUUUUUCACAAGUGACGACAAAAGAGAGAGAAAUAAGGACAGGAAUGCUCUUCAAAAAGAAGAAACCAAAAGGACCAAAAUUUUCUUCUUCUUCAAUGGCUCCUCCCUCACUCUCUACUCUUCUUCCUCACGCUCGCCACUCUUUCCUCCCCCCUACAAACCCUAACAUCACUCACCGUUACAUGCUCUCUCUCCGCCCUUCUCAUUCUCUAUCUUUUGCUGCAAGCUUUUCUUCCGACAAGCAAAACGACAGCACCACCGAAAACAGAAUCACAUACCCACCCGCGCAACCACCCGCGCCACCGCAGCCGGAGAAGAAGUCGUUUGCUGUUGCCACUGGCGAACUUUUCUUGGGAAUUGCGUCGAGGGUUUUGAGAAGCACUAAUAAAAUUAAUUAUAAUGGGAAUGUUGAUCACGAGGAGAGGAUUGGGGCUGUAAUGAAGGAUGAGGUUGAACCUGAGGUUAUAUGGGAACAACGAGUUAAAGAUAUUGAAGCGGAGAAAGAUCGACCUGUGGUUACAAGUCCUGGCUUUAGUUUCUCUGCUGCUGGCUUGUUGUUUCCUUAUCAUCUUGGAGUUGCUCACUUGCUUAUUGAAAAGGGUUAUAUCAAGGAAACCACACCAUUAGCUGGUUCCUCCGCUGGCGCUAUUGUAUGUGCUGUGAUUGCCUCUGGGGCCAGUAUGCAUGAGGCUUUAACAGCUACCAAAGUAUUGGCUGAAGAUUGUCGGCUAAAAGGGACUGCUUUUCGGCUUGGGGCUGUUCUGCGGGAUGUUCUUGAGAAGUUUCUGCCAGAUGAUGUUCACAUUAGGUCCAAUGGAAGGGUUCGAGUCGCUGUUACUCAGAUUCUGUGGAGGCCCAGGGGUUUGCUAGUGGAUCAGUUUGACUCCAAGGAAGAUCUCAUAAAUGCAGUUGUCACUUCUUCCUUCAUUCCAGGAUAUCUUGCACCAAGGCCCGCAACCAUGUUCCGGAAUCGACUUUGCAUUGAUGGUGGUUUGACAUUGUUUAUGCCACCAACAUCCGCUGCUCAGACGGUUCGCAUUUGUGCUUUCCCUGCCAGUCAAAUGGGACUGCAAGGGAUCGGGAUUAGUCCAGAUUGCAAUCCUGAAAAUAGGGCCAGCCCAAGAGAGCUUUUCAAAUGGGCAUUGGAGCCAGCAGAAGAUCAUGUUCUUGAUCGGCUUUUCGAGCUUGGAUAUUUAGAUGCUGCUGUGUGGGCUGAGGAGAACCCUGUGCAGAAUGUAGUUCAAGAUGACUGUCCCUUGGUUGAAAAUGGCUCCAGUACCUCACCAUAAGGUGCAUCACCUGGUGCUAUUUCAAGGAUGCUUCAGAUUCUUUGGUGACAAACGACCAUGUUAAUUUCAUUUACAUGAUCUUGACAUGGCUAUACAUUUAACAAAUCUCAAUGUAGGGAGCAGUGAACGUUCUUGUUCUUCUACAAUUUGCUGUAUAGUGAUUUUAUCAAUAAUUAGUUGAACGAUAUAAUGGAAGGAAAAUAGCAACGGAAGAAAUAAAAGAUUAGAUUUUUAGGGA